CCCCCCCCCCUUCGAGGAGAGUAUUAUUAUUAUUAUUAAUAGGUCGUGAGUCGUUAUUAACUAUGGCGGACGCUCUCUAGCCGGCUGUAAACACCCCCUAAAAACGCCUCGAAGCCCCGGCUCUCUGAUGGGCAACCGCGGGAUGGACGAGCUGAUCCCGCUGGUCAACCGGCUCCAGGACGCCCUGAGCGGCGUCGGGGGCCGGAGCUGCAGCCUCCACCUGCCGCAGAUCGCCGUGGUGGGCGGCCAGAGCGCCGGCAAGAGCUCCGUCCUGGAGAACUUUGUGGGCAGAGACUUCCUUCCCCGGGGUUCAGGGAUUGUCACUCGCAGACCUUUGAUCCUCCAGCUGCUCAGUGCCAACACAGAGUACGGUGAAUUUUCCCACCGCAAAGGGAAGACGUUCACGGACUUCGAUGAGAUCCGCGGAGAGAUCGAGGCGGAGACGCUCCGGCUCACCGGAUCCAAUAAAGGCAUCUCCCCGGUCCCCAUCAGCCUCCGGAUCUAUUCACCACACGUGCUCAACCUGACUCUCGUGGACCUGCCCGGCAUCACCAAGGUGCCGAUCGGCGACCAGCCGGCGGACAUCGAGUACCAGAUACGAGACAUGAUCAUGCAGUUCAUCUGCAAGGACAACUGCCUCAUCCUGGCCGUCACGCCGGCCAACAGCGACCUGGCCAACUCCGACGCACUCAAGCUGGCCAAAGACGUCGACCCGCAGGGCCAGCGCACGAUUGGUGUCAUCACUAAGUUGGACCUGAUGGACGAGGGGACGGAUGCCCGGAACAUCCUGGAGAACAGGUUGCUCCCCCUGCGCAGAGGUUACAUCGGGGUGGUGAACCGCAGUCAGAAGGACAUCGACGGGAAGAAGGACAUCAGGGCGGCUCUGCACGCGGAGGAGAGCUUCUUCCUGUCCCAUCCGGCCUACAAACACAUGGCCGAGAGCACGGGCACCCCCUAUUUACAACGAAUACUAAACCAGCAACUGACGAACCACAUCCGGGACACCCUGCCGGCCUUCCGGGGUCACCUGCAGAGCCAGCUUCUGGACAUGAACAAGGAGGCCGAGGAGUACGCCCGGUACCGACCCGACGACCCCGCACGCAGGACCAAGACGCUGCUCCAGUUGGUUCAGCGCUUGGCCGUCGACUUUGAGAAGCUGAUCGAGGGCUCGGGCAACAAAGUGGACACCGUGAACCUGUCGGGAGGCGCGAGGAUCAACCGGAUCUUCCACGAGCGCUUCCCUUAUGAACUGGUCAAGCUGGAGUCGGAUGAGGGGAAUCUGCGACAGGAGAUCAACUACGCCAUCAGAAACAUCCACGGCGUCAGGACCGGUCUGUUCACUCCCGACUUGGCGUUCGAAGCCAUCGUGAAGAAGCAGAUAUCGAGGCUGAAGGGGCCGUGUGUUCAAUUUGUCGACAUGGUCAGCCAAGAACUCAUCACCACUGUGUACCAGUGCAUCAACCAGCUCAGCUCUUUCCCUAAACUGCAAGAAGAGACGGAGAGAAUUGUAUCCACUGAAAUCCAAGCGCAAGAGAGCCGAUGCAGAGAUCAGGUCGUGCUGCUCAUCGACAUGCAGCUCGCCUACGUCAACACCAAACAUGAAGAUUUCAUCGGCUUCACUAACGCCCAGCAGACGUGCAGGCAAAGCCAGAAGAAGACUGUGGCAGUGAUGGCAGGAAACCAUGGUGCGGCCCCUCCUUCAAGACUAAUAGUCAUACGCAAGGGCUGGCUGACCAUCAACAUCGGCAUCAUGAAAGGCGGAGCCAAGGAGUGGUUCAUCCUCAGCGCCGAGAGCCUGUCCUGGUUUCAGGACGACGAGGAGAAGGAGAAGAAGUACAUGCUCCCCCUGGACAACCUGAAGCUCAGAGAUGUGGAGAAGGGCUUCAUGUCCAGCAAAUGUGUCGUCGCUAUCUUCAACACAGAGUUAAGGAACGUGUAUAAGGACUACAAGUGCCUGGAGUUGGCCUGUGGCUCUCCGGAGGAGUUGGACAGCUGGAAGGCGUCGCUGCUGCAGGCCGGAGUCUACCCGAGAAAAGUCACCGUGGACGAGCAGGGAAAUGGAGCUCCCGAGUACUUCACGGACCCCCAGCUGGAGCGUCAGGUGGAAACCAUCCGAAGCCUGGUGGACUCCUACAUGAGCAUCAUCUACAAGACCUUCAAGGACUUGAUGCCAAAGACCGUUAUGCACCUCAUGAUCAACAGCGUGAAGGAGUUCAUUAGCUCCGAGCUGCUGGCCCAGCUCUACGCUCUGGGAGAACGCUCGGCGCUGAUGGAUGAGUCACCGGAGCAGCAGCGGCACCGGGAGGAGGUGCUCCGCAAGCACGCGGCCCUGAAGGAGGCCCUCGCCAUGAUCGCCAAGUUCUCCACCUCCACCUGCACCACCCCGCUGCCUCCACCCGUGGACUCCUCCUGGAUCCGGCCCUCCAGCACCCUCCCCGAGACGCCCGUGACCAAGUCGGGGGCUCGCGGCCACGCCCCGUGUCUCCCCAGGGUGCCCACCGCACCCCCGAGCCACGGCGGCCUUCAGCGGCUCGCCAGCCAGCCCCACCGUGCUGCACCCUGUGUGCCGAGGAGGCAUCCUCCAGCUAUCCCGAACGUGAAGUAGCUCGUCCCGCUGUCGGCUCUGAACUCCAUUACCCAUCAGCCCCAGCGGUCCUUCCAGCUGACCCGCGUGAUGUGUAAUCCUGCUUCUCCGCGACCCCCUUUGGGAGCUGCUGCCUCGAGUCUGUUUUGUACAUAAUAUCUUGCGGCCGUUAAAAAGCAGGAAUGUCUGCCGACUUCCCCUCAAGUGCCUGAACUUUGUGUAAAUACAAAUACCGAUCUUGAGUUAUUUUACUAUAAGAGAAUACACAUUUUUCACUGUUUUAUGAAUAAACAGGUUUUAUUUUUGAA